AUUUUCUGCAUUUUCACUGUGUCUUGUGUACAAAAUCUUGCAUAAGUAAAUGUGAAAUUUGAAUAGAAGUCAGAUUAUUCACUAAUAUGUUGGAACAAAUUUGAACUUUCCAAACAAAGUUAAAACAGAAUUGACUAUACUUAUCAGUUUCUGAACCUUUUAAUUAAGCACCUAUGAUGUGCCAGGCAAAGUUCUGGGUGCUGGGGAUAUGAAAACAGUGCAAUAAUGCCUGUUCUCAAGGGGUUUCUGUAUUCUUGGAGGAAAUGUGCACACAGCUAAGUAGGUGCAUAGUAACUAGAUCUAGGAUAUGUACAAAAUAUGCAGAAAGUCAUUAAAUACAAGAUUGACAAAGGAAGACGUGAGCAGAAACCCUAGUCAUAUUACAGUAAGACUUGAUUUGGUCAUCAUCCCAGUCUCCGUCCUUGCUCUGUGUCCAUCAGAUCUCAAUUAGGCUUUAAUCUGUGUCUCUUAAAAUUGACUGAUAGUCUCUGUUGCCUUCAGAUAUCAUAUCCUGAGUCCCCAUCCACAUGGGAAAGAAACAGGCUGAAUCAGCCAUUAAUUCCUAUCAUUGUUCUAAGCAAAAAGAAGAUUUAGAAUCUGAACUUUGCAAGGACACUGAGUGGCAGGUCAAUGAAUCCCUCUCCCUCAAUGCAGGCAUCCGUUCCAGGUUCUCUGUAAGUGAUGGUCACCUAGGCUCUGCUUGCAUAUUUCCAGAUCCUGUGAACUGACUCCAUGGUAAGGCAGCAGUGAGGUGUGGCAAGACGACCAGGAGGAUGGAGAUGGGGAAUCCAGGCCUGAAACCAAGGACUUCCCUCCAGAGAUGGUCAUUUUUAUGGAGCCUUCCUCCCAACAUAGACUCAAGCAGAGCAGUGAAGAGAAGAAUUUUCAAGAAGUAAAAAUGACCCAGAUGAAAACUCCCACUAAAGCAAGAGGCUGUGACUGUGGCCAAAGCAUCAGGCUAGAACUAAUGCUGUUCUCAAAACAGAGGCUCUCUAUAGCAGAGAGUCUUUACAAAUGUGAUGCACAUGGAAGGAACUUCAUUGUGUCUUCAGAUCCAAGUAAAUGUCAAAGAAUAUCCUCAAAGGAGAUAGUUUCCCAUGAUAAUGAGUGUGGAGAAUCCUUCAUUUCUAACCCAGAUUUUAUUGAAUAUUAUAGACUGUGUGCUGGAAAGCAACCUAAUGACUAUAAUGACUUUGAGAGAGCUGUCAGCCUCAGCCAAUUCAUUCAUUCUUUUGAGACAAAUGAGGUGGAAGAGAAAACCAUUAACUGUAAUGAAUUGGGGGAAAUUUCUACCCAGGAUGUUCAGUUCGUGGAACAUCAGAGAAUUCACACUGGACUGCAACCUUCUGAAUUUAGUGAAUGUGUGAUGCCUCUCAAUCACAGCUUUUCUUUUGCUUCCCAUCAAAAGAGUUAUACUGAUAAGAAACCUUUAGUAUGCAAUGCAUGUGGAAAUGUCUUCUUCUGGAGUGCCCAGCUUACUCAGCACCAGAGAAUUCAUGCUGGAGAGAAACCUUAUGAAUGCCAUGAAUGUGAGAAGGCCUUCUGCCUGAGAGAAUCACUUACAAGGCAUCAGAGGAUUCAUACUGGAGAGAAACCCUAUGGAUGUAAUGAAUGUGGGAAGGCCUUUCGCCGUAGAGGGCAGCUUACUAGACACCAGAGAAUUCACACUGGAGAGAAACCUCAUGAAUGUAAUGAGUGUGGAAAGGCCUUCUACCAAAAAGAUCAGUUUACUCAACAUCAGAGAAUUCAUACCGGAGAGAAACCUUAUGGAUGCAAAGAAUGUGGAAAGGUCUUCCGAGUGAGAACACAGCUUACUCAGCAUCUGCGUAUUCAUACUGGAGAAAAGCCUCACAAAUGUAAUGAAUGUGGGAAGUCCUUCAGGCAGAGGGGCCAUCUUACUGUACAUCACAGGAUUCAUACUGGAGAGAAACCUUAUGAUUGUAAUGAAUGUGGGAAGGCCUUCCGACUGAGUACAGAGCUUACUCGACAUCAGAGAAUUCAUACUGGAGAGAAACCUUAUGGAUGUAAUGAGUGUGGGAAGGCCUUCCGACUGAGCACAGAGCUUACUCGACAUCAGAGGGUUCAUACUGGAGAGAAGCCUUAUGGAUGUAAUCGAUGCGGGAAGGUCUUCCGCCAGAGCACACACCUUACUCAACAUCAGCGUAUUCAUACUGGAGUGAAGUCUCAUAAUGUAAUUUAUGCAGGAAAGCCCAUCUUCUGAGCACACGGCUUACCAAACAUUGGAGAGUUCCAUAGAGAAAUCUUUUGAGUGUAAUGUGGAAAGGCACUGUAUUAUACCUCUCCUCCCACCCCCAUGCAGGUUAAGCUUGUUUUCCCUUAAAAAUGGACAUUUCUCAUGUCUUGUCUGGCUCAGCGGACUAAGGACUUUUGAUUACUGUUGUCACUUCCUCAGCUGCUGAGUACAAAGCAGCCGUGAAGACCUAGAAGGGGGAGUGUGUCUUUUUAAAAAUGUUUAUUUUUUAAUAUUCAUUUUAAAAAUUUAGAGUUCCAGAUUCUCUUACUCCAGUCCCUUCUUCACCCACCGAGAAGGCAAUACAGUACCCAUUAUACAUGUGAAAUCAUGCAGAACAUUUCCACAUUAGGCAUGUUGCAAAAAAAAAAAAAAAA